AUGGCUUCAUACUACCAUUAUAAUGCGCAGGCAGCGCACGGUGCGCCCGUGUCGCACAAUCACGGCGGCCACCGCAAUCGCAGAGCUCCUCGGCUGUCGGUUUCACAAAACGCUCAAAGACAAUUUCGAGGUGCGCGCAGCAUGAAGGACCUGAAUGAAACCGCUGCACUCUCUGCCUUCCGAAUGAAGUUUGAAGCCGGCCGUUCCUUUGAACUGGAGGAUGAUCUCGAGUUCUGUCCCAACCUUCUGACCGAGACGGAUCUCGUCUCCAUCUCCAGUGCCUCUGAGCGCUCGUCACUAGCCAGCAAUUCUCCCGAAUCUUCCCCGACGCAACAACCACAGACCGUUGCGCCUGGCUUCUCCUUGAACUCGACAUCUGCCGCCUUCAUUCCUCCCAGCUUUCAGACACAGCACUCGAGCCUGAAGCUUCACCAACCCUCGGCCACUCGGGGUCGCAACGCUAUCCCGAUCAUCAACCCAGCCACGGGCAUCACCAUGUCCAGCCCUCCUCCUUCAGUGUCGCCCGCCGCGAUGCAGCAGUCUCUUGGCCGUCGAUGGUAG